UUCUGUUUCUUGUAUUAAAAGUCAUAGUCUCCAAAACUCUGGUCUCAUAUAGGAUUGAAUCUAUCUCUUUUAUUUGUAUUAUGGUAGUACCUGGAGACUGCAGUCAGUAUUGUGGAUCCUAUUAUGAAAAGAUGCUGGACAAAGUUAGGUACUCAGGGUUCCUGUCAUGAAGAAUUUACAGUCUUAAAGUAAAAAGUGGAUGUAACAAUUAGAAGAGAAGGGGGAGGGAGGAUGUGUUAAAUAUGGGAAGGAGGAUUUAGAUCUGUGAUUCUCAACCUCUCCCAUAAGAUUGACCCAGUGUUAUAACAGGAAGUUCUCUUCUCCCACAGAUUUCAGGACCCAUGAUCCCAUUUAAAUAAGGGAAGUGGUUGUAACUCCGUAAAACAAGGAUGGGGAAGGAAGGAAGGAGUUCCUUGGGAAUUUUAAGAACAUUGUUUAAAAAAAAAGAGAAGAAGUGAAGAAAAAGAACAGUCAGAAGAUUUGAACUCUGGAGCACAGGAUUAAGGAUACCUCUGUAUAACAUCAACACUUAAAAAGAUGUGGUGACUAGAAGAACCUCUAUUGUUGCCCAUAGUGCAUAUAGUGCCUUAUAAAGAUGGGGUUUGGAAGUGACCUGAAGUGUUCUCAUGAUGCUUUGUUAAAAUUGCAAGAUUGGGAGUUACGACUACUAGAAACUGUGAAGAAAUUUAUGGCCAUGCGAGUAAAAAGUGACAAAGAAUAUGCAUCCACUUUACAAAAUCUUUGUAAUCAAGUUGAUAAAGAGAGUACUUCCCAACUGGAUUAUAUUAGCAAUGUAUCCAAGUCUUGGCUGCUUAUGGUACAGCAGACAGAGCAACUUAGCAGGAUAAUGAAGACACAUGCAGAAGAUCUUAACUCUGGGCCACUACAUAGACUUACAAUGAUGAUCAAAGACAAGCAACAAGUAAAGAAGAGUUACAUAGGUGUUCAUCAGCAAAUUGAGGCAGAGAUGUUCAAGGUCACAAAGACAGAACUGGAGAAAUUAAAAUCUAGUUACAGACAAUUAAUAAAAGAAGUUAACUCUGCCAAAGAGAAGUAUAAAGAAGCUGUGGCUAAAGGAAAAGACACUGAAAAAGCCAAAGAUCGUUACGAUAAAGCCACUAUGAAACUUCACAUGCUGCAUAAUCAGUAUGUGCUGGCACUGAAGGGAGCACAGUUACAUCAGCACCAGUACUAUGACACUACGCUUCCUCUGUUACUUGAUUCGUUACAGAAGAUGCAAGAAGAAAUGGUUAAAGCACUAAAAGGAAUCCUUGAUGAAUACAGUCAGAUCACCAGUCUUGUAACAGAAGAGAUAGUGAAUGUCCAUAAAGAGAUCCAGACUUCUGUUGAACAGAUAGACCCUAACUCAGAGUACAAUAGCUUCAUAGAAGCUCACAGAUCACCAGAGAAUGUAGAAAAAGAAAUAGUAUUUGAUACAUCUUUACUGGAAGAAAAUGAAAAUCUUCAAGCUAACGAGAUCAUGUGGAAUAACUUAACAGCAGAAAGCUUGCAAGGAAUGUUGAAAACAAUAGUAGAAGAAUUGAUUCAGACACAGCAGAUGCUUUUGAACAAAGAGGAGCUUUUGUUGGAACUAGAAAAGAAAAUAGAAGAAUCUUCUAAGACCUGUGAAAAAAAAUCAGACAUUGUGCUUUUGCUGAGCCAAAAGCAAGCACUGGAAGAACUCAAGCAAACAGUUCAGCAAUUAAGAUGCACGGAGGCAAAAUUUACAGCCCAGAAAGAACUUCUAGAACAAAAAGUUCAGGAGAAUGAUGGGAAAGAGCCACCUCCAGUAGUAAAUUAUGAAGAAGAUGACAGAUCAGUCACUUCUAUGGAUAAGAAGGAUAAGGUGUCCAGGUUUGAUACUAUUCGUCACUCCAUCGCUGGAAUGAUAAGAUCUCCAAAAUCCAUGCUGGGCUCUUCAUCAUUCUUUGAUGUAAUAUCAACCAGCGAGAAACCUUUGGCUGAGCAAGAUUGGUAUCAUGGUGCAAUUCCACGAAUAGAAGCCCAGGAGCAGUUAAAGCAGCAAGGAGACUUCCUGGUGCGAGAAAGCCACGGGAAACCUGGUGAAUAUGUCCUUUCUGUGUUUUCAGAUGGACAACGGAGACACUUUAUCAUACAAUAUGCUGAUAAUCAGUACCGAUUUGAAGGAACUGGGUUUCCAACUAUUCCUCAGCUUAUAGACCAUCAUUACACAACAAAACAAGUAAUUACUAAGAAAUCAGGUGUAGUUCUGCUGAAUCCUGUUGUUAAGGAUAAGAAAUGGGUUCUCAAUCAUGAAGAUGUCACACUGGGAGAAUUACUAGGCAAAGGUAACUUUGGUGAAGUAUAUAAGGGAACAUUAAAGGAUAAAACCCCUGUUGCUGUAAAAACUUGUAAAGAAGACCUUCCUCAGGAACUGAAAAUAAAAUUUUUAUCAGAGGCCAGAAUACUCAAGCAAUAUGACCAUCCCAAUAUUGUCAAGCUAAUAGGAGUUUGCACUCAAAGGCAGCCUAUUUAUAUAGUUAUGGAACUUAUUCCAGGAGGUGAUUUCCUCUCCUUUUUAAGAAAGAAGAAGGAUGAGCUAAAAACCAAACAGUUAGUGAAAUUUUCAUUAGAUGCUGCUGCUGGUAUGGCGUAUCUCGAGUCUAAAAACUGUAUACACAGGGACCUUGCUGCAAGGAACUGCCUGGUAGGUGAAAAUAAUGUUCUGAAAAUCAGUGACUUUGGAAUGUCUCGUCAAGAGGAUGAUGGGGUAUAUUCAUCUUCAGGCUUAAAGCAGAUUCCUAUCAAAUGGACUGCUCCAGAGGCACUCAACUAUGGGAGAUACACUUCUGAAAGUGAUGUAUGGAGCUUUGGGAUCCUUCUUUGGGAGACCUUCAGUCUAGGCGUAUGUCCAUACCCUGGAAUGACCAACCAGCAAGCACGGGAACAAGUGGAGAAAGGAUAUCGAAUGUCAGCACCUCAGAAGUGCCCAGAGGAAAUAUAUAAAAUAAUGCAGAGAUGCUGGGACUACAAACCAGAAAACCGACCAAAAUUCAGCGAAAUUCAGAAAGAACUAUCUUCAAUCAAAAAGAAAGUGACAUAGUGAUAAAGUAGUGCCAAACUCAACCUACAGAACUCUGUUUUUCAACAAAGUAAUAUUUUCCCCUCAAACACUGUGCAUUUAUACCACAUUAUCUGCAAUAUUCUUCUAGGGUUACUUUUUAAAAUUAACUCAUUUUUAUAUAUAUGUGUGCGUGUGCGCGCCAUCUUGGAAAAUGUCUAAGCAUAUGUUAAAAAGGGAGACGAUUCUGCCAAAUGUUAUAUAUCUAGUCACAUUAACACUGUCAUUUAGGAUACAUGUAAAUAGAACAUCAGAUACUGUAGAUUUAAAGGACUAUGACUCCUAUCUAUUUUACAGUGAUAAACUGCUAGUGACAUUUCCUAAAGGUUUUGUACUUUAUGCUGUAUUCUUAAUUUGCUAUCUCAGUUGCAGAUAUCAACACCAGUGGCACUAAAACAUGGUUGCUGUGCCAUGUUUCUGAAGACUUUAAAUCUGAGGACCACAAUUUUUGAAUAGUAUUUCAAUCAGGAACUUUAUAUUUUUUAAACCAUUUCUGCAACUGAUAUUUUAAAUGAUAUAUUGCUUUAAGAGAGAACAUCAGUUAAGAUUCUGGAUGUGCAUGUAUUCUUUUUAAACAAAGAAAUCCAUAAUUUUUUGUAGAAUAAUAUUCACAUCAUUUACAAAUGCAUCCUUAGAUUUCUUACAGUUGCUCUCAUCAUAGUAAAUAUGUUCAACUUUGGAAAUUACUUGCUACUUUUUUUCCUGUGAAAAAUUAAGUAGUUUAUCAGGAAUCUUUAUGCACAAAUCUCCUUUGAUAGGCUAGGUUUUUUCUAAAUGGCCAACAUCCAGUCUUGGGUGAUACAUGUUUGUCAGGAAAUACUCCAAAUCAUCUGCCUUUCAAAGUACAAGCAGAAGAAGAAAACCGUUGGUUUUGAAGGUACAUAUGUAGAAAAGAGGUCAGCAGGAAGCAAGUUUGAGAAGAGAGUGGAAAGUAACUGGUAGCAUUGAUUUUAGAUGAGUAAAAGAAUGCAAACUGCCAAAUUGGCUUUUGGAGGUUCUCUGAUAGUUUGAUUUUUUUUUCCAAUUUUCAAAUAAUUGAUAUUCCUUUUCUGCAUGCAGUUGGAGUCAGCAAAAGGACAUGUUUUAAAAGAAUACUUUCCAUGCAUAUUGUCCAAAGAAAAAGGCUACAUCUCACUUACAGAAAGAAAUGCUACCUGUUUUAAACCUCUGGAAGGCUGAACAAGGCAUAGAGUAGAAAUAUUAAUCUAUAGAAAUGUCUUCAGUUGUGUUCAGAUUUGCAUAUUCACACUGUCAAGGAGGAAAAGACUGGUAUAAAAAUAAUAUUCUUAUAAGAAGAAUAAAAGCUAAUCAGUUGGGGGGAGGGAGGGAGCACAAAUUAUUUCUGGCUUGGAUCUAUCUGAUAAGGGUUCCCAACUGCCAUAGAGACCUGUGACUUUAGCAACAAAGUUAUGAUCUGAGAUCCAAAGUUUGGGAGACCUCUCUCUAAUAAUUAUCAAACUGUUAUCAGCUCAAGGUGUGUUAACAAGGAAUUAACUGCCAGACCAAGUGACUAAAACAGAGGAAUAAAAGAAAAAACAGCAUUUGGGACUUUUAGUGGCCCUAUUUCUUUUCGUGGGGCUGUAUAAUAUUUUAUUUCUAUUGUGGUGACUCUUCUAUUGUGCAGAGCACAAUUUCUGCUCUUUAAAGUACAUUUAUGGUAGUAUUGAAGGAGAUAGAUGUGUGACUGAAGUAUUUGUAGGCUAUGAGUUUUUUGACCAGUAUCUGUUACAUUAAAUUUAGUGUCCAAAUGAACAGUGAAGCACCAUACUGGAGAACACUUUUUUCAGUGUAGGUGGAAUUGUUAGCAAUCUAGGUUUGUUCUGGGGGCAAAGGAAACAAAACACACGGGGGAAAAGGAGUAGAAACUGAAAAUAAAGGAAAAAUUAGUGUAA